AUGUCCACCUUGAUUACAUACCCGUCUCGUCUGCGAUGCAACUACUUGGUCGUACUGGCGUCGGUCGCCAUGAUGACGUCACAACAGAACGCGCCCGAAACCGGAAGUUCCUUCUCCAUCCCCGGGCUGAACCGCACGGCCUACGUCCAGCGUGGCGACAUCAACGUCGGCAUCUUCCUGGGCAUCUACACGUCCUCCAGCAGCGCCGGCUUCCGGUGCGACAACCUGGCCAUCAACGAGUUCACCCUGCAGAAGACCGAGGCCAUGGCCUACGUCACGCAGAGGGUCAACAACGACACGAGCAUGCUGGUUAACGUGUCGCUGGGGUUCGUCGUGUUGGACGAGUGCGGCCACCCCAACACCGUCCUGGCCCAGUCCUUGACCUUCCUACCCCGCCGCGGUACCGGCACGACCGGCGAGGGUUACGACGUCAUCGGGGUCGUCAGCCCCACCCGGAGUGAUUGGACGUCCCCCAUUUCCCAGCUGUACUCGACGGUCAAGCUGCCCAUCAUGGGGUACAAAACUGGAAGCGACGAGCUGACGGAUAAAUACAAGCAUCGGUAUUUCAUGAGAGUCGUCCCCCCUGAUAAGUACCAGGUGACCGCCAUGUUGCAUUUUAUCCGAGAAAUGAACUGGUCGUAUAUAUCCGUCCUCUACCACGCCGGUAGCUACGGUGAGCCGCCUUUUGAAAAUAUCAAACUCAACGCCCCGAAUUUCGGUGUCUGUAUAGCCGCGUCUCACAAAGUAGACGAACUCACCGAUCUUAGACCCGUGCUUAAAGACCUGCUGGACAUCCCGCGAGCCCGCGUCGUCAUCCUCUUCACCAACAUCCAAGUCGUCUUCAACCUGAUGGUCGUCGUCCGCGAGUUCAACGCCAGCGGGCACUUUGUCUGGAUCGGCAGCAACGCCUGGGCCGGCUCGGCCACGGCCUCGUUGAAAGAUUUCUCCCGAGAGGUGGCCGGUGGGUUUGUCUUCCAGCAAGUCUACGCCCGCGUGCCGGAGUUUGAAAAAUUUUACCGAGCCAAGAACCCUUACAACUCCCCCAACCCGUGGAUGCCCCGGGCGUGGGAGGUGCUGUACAACUGCUCCAUGACGUCAGGCACGUGCCGCAACGUCUCGUCAGAACGAGAUUUAGCUUUCGCAGACGAUCUCUCGCAUUUGAUAAACGCCGUGCUCGCCUUCUCGUACGCAGCGAACCGGCUGAUACAGAACGAGUGUCCGGCUGCUUCCGGCUCAGAAGCGCGUGCCUGCAUCACGGGUGAGUUAUUUUUACGGUAUUUGCUCAACACGACAUUUCAAAGCUACACCGGCCUGAUACACUUCGACGACAAAGGCGACAUGACGGGGACUUACUGGAUCAAGCAAAUCGUUCCGGAACCUUCCGGGAACCUUCUAGAAAACAACAUCGCCACUUUCGAUAUCACAGCAAAGAGCAUCGCCUUUUUCGAAAACCACACCAUUUUCUGGAAUUUUUUUCAUCAGCUUUCCCGGGUUGUCCCGUUGCACCCGGGUCAACCCGCGUCUCAACCCGAGUCGGUGUGCAGCAGCCCUUGCCGUUUCGGCGAGUUCCGGAUCCCCAAGAAGCUCGAGUGCUGCUGGGACUGCCGCACGUGCCGAGAGUACGAGCGCAUCCUGCACGAGAAGGCCUCGUGCGAGCCGUGCCCGACCUUCACCUGGCCUAACCCGGACACGAACCUGACCACGUGCCAGCCCAUCCCCCUGUCUCACCCCUCCUUUACCGGGACUAUGUCCAUCAUCUUCAUCUCCCUCGCCGUCUUCGCUAUCCUAGCCUUGCUAGUCGUCCUAGGCGCGUACAUCUACCUGUGGGAAGAACGCGUCAUCAAGGCGUCCAGCCGGGAGCUCAGCCUUCUCCAGCUGACCGCCAUCUUUGUCGGCUACCUGACCGUCAUCCUGUUCCAGGUGACCCCCAGCCCGGGGCUGUGCAGCGCCAUCUACUUCACCUUCUGCCUCAGCUUCGCCUGGCUCUACUCGCCGCUGUUGGUCAAGGCCGUCCGGAUCUUCAGGAUCUUCCAGAGCGGCAUCAAGUGCAACAGGCGCCCGUGGUUCGUCAGCUCCAAGUCGCAGGUUGUCAUGGCAACUAUUCUAAUCACAUUGCAGGUGAUUAUCUGCAUCUCUAUAUCUGUUUUACCUCCCCCUUUAUUUCAGGUGAUUAUCUGCAUCUCUAUAUCUGUCUUACUCCCUUUAUUCCAGGUGAUUAUCUGCAUCUCUAUCUCCGUGACCUACCAGCCCAGCUCCAGACUGACGCAGCCGCUGGCUACUGAGAAAUUCGUUGAGCUCUCCUGCGACCUGACCCUCCCCGGGCUGGUCAGCUUCCUGGCCUACAACAUGGUCCUGGUUAUCCUGUGCUCCGUCUUCGCCUUCAUGACCCGGAAGUUGCCGGACAACUUCAAUGAGUCGCGGUUCAUGUCCAUGUGCGUGUCCACCACGCUGGUCAUCUGGCUGGCCUUCAUCCCAACCUACCUGACGGCCAUCUACCAGUACGUCAAGGUGUUGUUGUUGUCGGCGGCGCUGCUGUUGAACCACACGGUGGCGUUGGUGUUCCUCUUCCUGCCCAAGUUGUACGCUGGGAUUUGUUUGCCGGCGGAGCCUGUGACCGCCAAUACUAGUCACAGGUUCCAGACGGCCUUGGGGAACAUAAGGUCAACCCUGCACCCACACAGCGGUCAAGUUGCCCCGCGUGAGUUUACAAUCCCAGUUAGACAGGGGUUUUGA